ACACUGAACUGUAACAGCACGAUAAAUACUGCUAGGAAAAAAAGGGGAAAAAAAACUAUAAGCAGACAAAUUGUUUGUUUUUAAAUUGAAAAUUGUUUGCAGAUUAAUAGAAUUAGCAUUUAUUAAUGUACAUUAGUGAACUACUCAACAAGGAACCCAUUCACAGAAAUUGAUAUAUAAAUUGGGAAAAUAAAUGUAAUAAUUAUUUGCGAGCGUAAACCAAAAUAAAGAUGAGCAAUAGCGAGGACUCACAACAAUAUCUAAAUGAUAUGAUGGUCAAAGAAGAGGAUGAGGCAUCAGGAGACGAAUCAGACAGACACGAUGGACACGGCAUCAUGUUGCGUGAACAGGAUCGAUUUUUGCCCAUUUGCAAUAUCAUCAAAAUAAUGAAGGUGCCCGUGCCGCAGAAUGGCAAAAUAGCCAAGGAUGCCAGAGAGUGUAUACAGGAAUGUGUCUCCGAGUUCAUAUCCUUCAUCAGCAGCGAGGCCAUCGAGCGCAGUGUCGCAGAAAAUCGAAAAACGGUGAAUGGAGACGAUUUGCUAGUGGCAUUCAGCAAUUUGGGCUUCGAUAACUACGUAGAGCCUCUCUCCAUUUAUUUGCAAAAAUAUCGCGAGUCAAACAAAUCGGAUCGCAAUUUGUUUUUGGACAGCAGCUAUAUGCAAAGCGAGGAUGCCAGUGAAUCGGGGAAGCAGUAGCAUCCUAACUUAUGGGUGUUUUAUUUAUUUAAACUUAAGAUUUAAUGUUUUAAGAGGGUAGUCUGAAUUAAAUAAUUUUUCGUUUUCUCCUAA